AUGCCGAUUACCAUACCACAAUUAAAGGUCAUAAAUACUCAGCUUCUUGUCAUGUUUCUUUUCUCUACAGAGGAAAUGAAGGAAGAGUAUGACACUAUGGGGCCUGAAGCCACACUUCAGCCAAGUAGAGGUAACGGUACAGGAAAGACUGUAGAUUGCACAUCAGAUUUUGAAGAGUAUUUUGCCAAACGGAAGCUCGAAGAAGGAGACAGCCAUGCAGUUAGCAUUGCGGAAUAUUUGCAGCGGAGUGACACAGCCAUUAUCUAUCCAGAAGCGCCUGAAGAACUGUCUCGGCAUGGAACACCAGAGGCCAAUGGGCAAGAGGACAAUGACCUGCCACCUGGAACUCCAGAUGCUUUUGCCCAACUGCUGACCUGUCCAUACUGUGACCGGGGCUACAAGCGUUUGACAUCACUGAAGGAGCACAUUAAAUAUCGACAUGAAAAGAAUGAAGACAACUUCUCCUGCCCUCUCUGCAACUACACAUUUGCCUACCGCACCCAGCUUGAACGACAUAUGGCCACGCACAAGCCAGGGAGAGAUCAGCACCACAUGCUGACCCAUGGUGCUGGUAAUCGCAAGUUCAAAUGCACAGAGUGUGGCAAGGCCUUUAAGUACAAACACCAUCUGAAGGAACACCUGCGAAUUCAUAGUGGUGAAAAGCCAUAUGAGUGUCCAAACUGCAAGAAACGAUUUUCUCACUCCGGUUCCUACAGUUCUCACAUCAGUAGCAAGAAGUGCAUUGGCCUGAUUUCAGUCAAUGGCAGGAUGCGAACUAGCUUAAAACCGGGCUCUUCUCCGACUUCAGCUUCUUCCUCUCCUACAAAUUCAGCAAUUACACAACUGAGGCAUAAACUGGAGAACGGCAAGCCUCUUGGUAUUCCUGAGCAGCCAGGACUACUUAAAAUUAAGACAGAGCCACUAGAUUUCAAUGACUACAAAGCCAUAAUGACUUCCCAUGGGUUUGGUAAUUUUCCAAAUGGUGGAGUAGGAGAUAGCAGCGCACUGUCAAUCAACACCUCAGUUCUAAGUCCAAUGCAGCACUUAGGAGUAGGGAUAGAAGCACCAAUACUAAACUUUUCAAAUGUAGCAAACAGUAACUUAAGUGAAGUCCAAAAGGUCCUCAAAAUUGUUGACAAUACAGUGUGUAGGCAAAAAAUGGACUGCAAAUCUGAAGAGAUUUCAAGACUUAAAGGUUAUCAUGUGAAAGAGCCAGCCUGUCAAGCUUCCUUGGCUGAGGAACAAGGAGUUACCUCCCCUGUUAUGCCAUCUGUUGGUCUUCCAGUUGUCAGCCAUAAUGGUGCCACUAAAAGUAUUAUUGACUACACACUAGAAAAGGUGAAUGAAGCCAAAGCUUGUCUUCAGAGCUUGAACACGGACACACAAAGGCAAAUGAGCAAUUUGAAAAAGGACAGGCUGCGUAACAUGAGCUGUUCUGCAUUAGAUCUUGGUAUGGAGGAAAAGACACUUGACAACAAUAACACAUCUCCUUAUUCCUGUCAGUUUUGCAGGGAGGCUUUCCCUGGUCCCAUUCCCUUACAUCAGCAUGAACGCUACAUGUGCAAGAUGAAUGAAGAAAUCAAAGCUGUACUUCAACCAAGUGAAGUUGUAAUUACCAAUAAAACAGGAGCGCCAGGUGAAAAGCAAGCUUAUAUGUUAUCCUCCCUUCUUUCAGAAAAAGGUAUCCCCAGCCCUAUAAAUGCUUAUAAGGACCACAUGUCUGUAUUGAAAGCUUAUUAUGCCAUGAAUAUGGAGCCAAAUUCUGAAGAACUACUGAAAAUUUCCAUUGCUGUUGGCCUCCCUCAGGAUUUUGUAAAAGAAUGGUUUGAGCAAAGGAAGGUCUGCCAGCUCUCUAAUUCCAGGUCACCGCCACUGGAUCGGACCAGUGCUGAGUUGGCAUCGGUUGCCACUGACAUGUUCAUAAAUAAAGACUGUCUGUCAGCUAGGCACACAACAGCAGCAUUAAAGCCGAUGGACUCAAUAACGUCACCAUCAAUAGCAGAACUGCAUAACAGUGUUACUAAUUGUGAUGCACCUCUCAGGCUUAUUAAAUCUUCUCAGUUUAACAGUAUUAAACCAAUUGGUGAUAAGAUGGACCACUCAAGGAGCAAUACUCCUUCCCCUUUGAAUCUUUCCUCUACUUCCUCUAAGAACUCUCAUAGUAGCUCAUACACUCCAAACAGCUUCUCUUCAGAAGAGCCUCAGGCUGAGCCUCUGGACUUGUCUUUGCCAAAACAAAAGAACGAACAUAAAAGUGUUGUCACAGGAAAAAUAAGAAAUAAAACCAAUAGUAUUAUUGUUGACCAUAACAGUAUUUCUUAUCCAUCAGAGAACCCAGAUGAGCCCUUAAACUUGACUUUCCUGAAGAAGGAAUUGCCUAAUACUAACAACACCCUAGAGAAAAGCACUAAGCCAGUAUUCAGUAUAAAUCCAUUUAGUGCCAAACCAUUGUACACAACGCUUCCACCACAAAACGCAUUUCCCCCAGCUGCUUUUAUGCCCUCAGUCCAGUCUAGUGUUCCAGGUCUGCGACCAUAUCCAGGGCUAGAUCAAAUGGGCUUCCUCCCACACAUGGCGUACACGUAUGGAACAGGUGCAGCUGCUUUUGCAGAAUUGCAACAGAGAAGAAAGUACCAGCGGAAGCAAACGUUCCAGGGGGAAUUGCUUGAUGGAACUACAGAUUACAUGUCAGGCUUGGAUGACAUGACAGAUUCAGAUUCCUGUCUGUCCCGAAAGAAGAUCAAGAAGACAGAAAGUGGCAUGUAUGCAUGUGACUUGUGUGACAAAACAUUCCAGAAAAGCAGUUCCCUUCUGCGACAUAAAUAUGAGCACACAGGAAAGCGCCCACAUCAAUGUCAAAUUUGUAAGAAGGCAUUUAAACACAAGCAUCAUCUUAUUGAACAUUCACGACUGCACUCUGGUGAGAAACCGUAUCAGUGUGACAAGUGCGGCAAACGCUUUUCACACUCAGGGUCCUACUCGCAGCACAUGAACCACAGGUAUUCCUAUUGCAAACGGGAGGCAGAGGAACGGGAAGCAGCUGAACGAGAGGCCCGCCAGAAGGGUCACUUAGAACCUGCGGAGCUACUGAUGAAUCGGCCCUACCUACAGAGCAUUACUCCUCAGGGCUACUCGGACUCUGAGGAGCGAGAAAGCAUGCCAAGAGAAGUAGAGAGUGAACGAGAACAGGAAAAAGAAGGAGACGAGGAUGAGGAGAAAUUAGUAAGGCAAGAAGGGGAAGAGGAAUUUGAUGAAGAGGAAGAAGAAGAGAGUGAAAAUAAAAGUAUGGAUACAGAUCAGGACACAAUAAGAGACGAAGAGGAAAAUGGUGACCACUCAAUGGACGAUAGCUCAGUUGAUGAGAAAACGGAAACCAAAUCAGAACAUGAAGACAUUGUGGAAGAUGGCAUAUAAUAACUACUGCAUUUUAGCUUCCUACUUCUUCCAGUAGUAUUGUUACUUGCUUGAAACACUGCUGUGUUAAGCUGUACAUGCACGUGCCUGAUGCUUCCUGGAAGCCUGUGUGUUGGACAGAUGGGGCAGUCUGUCAGAUGCAAAAAAAGGAAAAAAAAAGAAAAAAAAGCGGCAGUGUUAGAAGGAAUUAGUCAAGUUUGGGUUGUGAAGAGUUGCAUUAUGCAAAAAAAAGUUCAGUGUUAGGACCUAAAAAAAUGUGUGGUUCCAGCAGCCUAUAAUUACCCUUCUGUUAAUAGUUUCUUAUUUAGCACAAAAUAGUGGAGUAUAUUGCAUUACAUGCCACUUGUAUUACUACACAAAAUUCUAAAAAGAAAUGUAUUGUCUAUGUUUCUACCUAUGUAUAUUAUCACAACAGUAACUUGAACAUGUAAUGCCUGUGCUUCUACCCAUACCCAUAUAAGUAAACAACAGUAUUUUAGUGGAUUGUUUGUAGUUUGAACCAGUCAUUAGGCCUGUUUCAGCAACCACACAAUAUUUUAGGUUCCCAAGAGUUAUUUGAAGGAUCAUGAAAUGAUGCAUGUGUGAUUUUUUUUUAGACAUUGAAGUCUUACAGUGACCCAGCUAUGAUGGAAUAGAAAGAGUGAGAGUAAGAGAGAGAAUCAGAGAGAAAGAGAGAGAGAGAGAGAGAGAGAGAAAGAGGGUCUGAUGGUGGAGGAAGCCUUCUGAAAGGUGGUUUUAAAAAGCCUUAUAUGCAAACCUUUUAAUCUGUGUGUUCUGCAAGUGCCAUCCUUGUAUAGUGCUAAAAGAGGUAACUAAAGUUACCUUGCACCAGCUUCAGUGUUAAACAGCUCACCCUGUUCUUUGAAGCACCCAUGUCAGUAUUAGAUUCUAGGCAGCAGUUCGUUAGUUUACAUACGUUUGUGCAAUUUUCUGUACUUUUUUUGUUCAUUAAUUUGUCAGUAUUACACCAAACUUUGCAACAAUUUGCAUUCAUUUUAUUUUAGGUCAAAUAACAUUUAUUUAUGUUGCUCAUUUUAUAUUUCCUAAUUUUAUUUAUUUCAUACUGUAGUGUACAGUAUUAUAGUUCUUCAAUAUAUAGAUAUAUUUUAGUAAAGGAACAUGAGGUUGAUCAUUUGGGCAAAUUUUACGUAAUGAGAAGAGCAUUUAUUGUGUUUUCAAACAUUAAUUGUGAGAUACGAAUUUUCAAUUUAUUAUUUUAUUUUGUUUUCCAAUUACUGGAUUCCAAAUUUGAGAACUUUUGAUACGAUCUUGUGAAAACACUGUAUUUUCGACUGAAAAUUCCACUUUCUUCAUCUGUUUUUUAGCUAAAAAAAGAGGGACUGUUAAAAUACAAUGUAUGAUACCAUGACAGAAAUCUUUCCUGAAUUGUCUUUGUAAAAGUAUUAUUAAAUUUUCAAUUUGUAAUUUCUCUUGGAAAUGACCAUGCUCGAAUAAAAUGUAGCCAAACUAGGACCUGUACGUGCAGCUUAAGGUUCUAUGGACAUCACUGCAGAAAACUGAUGUGCAUAAUAAUGUAUAGUGUUUCCUUCCUAACUGUAGGAUUGUCUUCAAACCAUGAAGAAUUACAGUUUCAUCCACAGCAUUGUUAACAAAAAAAUAUUUAUUAACUUAAAUUUAUAUUGUCGUCCUAUUUAUUUCACUCAAUGUCCACUUUUAUAAUUCUCUCACCAUCUCAAAAUAAACAAAAUUAUGUGGUUGGAUUUAUUUCAUAAGCUUGCUGAGAGGAAAGCAACAGACUAAAUGAGGAUUGGGCAUAUUGGCACUACAUGAAGGAGAAUUUAUUUCUUGUGUUACCUUGUAUUUAGUUGAUUCAGGCUUUCAAAGGUGAUAUUGCAGCUGAACCUACAAGCUAUAUUCCAUCUUUCAUCCACUCUGCUAAUUAGAUGCGUAGCACCAUCAGAAAUGUAACAUUGCUGGCACAUAAAAUAGAGGCUUCUUUUAAAUAAGCUAUCUAGAUUUUAUUAACAGGAUCUAAUUUGAAGGAAAAUCAAUACUGGGCUUUUGAUUAAGUUGUGAGAUGUAUACACAGCUCUAUCAUUUGAUCAUCCAGACUGCAUAGGUUAACAAAAUGGAAUGUUGUCUUGUUGAAUAAAGAACUGGGGUUCUCACAGAAGCAGGGCAGUGGUGGCUUAGACAGUGUCUCCAUGAUAUUGUAACCAGAAUCUAGUUACACUACAGUCUGAAUUUCCAGCAGGCAAUUAAGAUACAUUACACAUAAUGAAGACAAAUCGGAGAUCAGAUGAUAACUAAAAGACCAGUGAUUGUGAUUGACAUGCAGUUUUUGAUCUGCCAAACCAUUGAUUUUGAAACAGCUUUUACAGCUCGUUUAAGUUGAUCUCAGGAAUAUACCAAUUAAUUGAUUGGUUCUUAAAAAAAAUCAAUUUUCUUAGUUGAAAGGGAGAUUUUUAAAAGAUGUCCAUUGCAAAAUCCAAUUAAAUAAUGUAGUGUCUUGCUUACCUGGGAUUGUACAAUUCUUUUCAAAACCAUUCAGUUCUAUAUGUAAGCAAGACCAUUUAAGAAUACUUCAGCACUAUACACUUUAAAAUAUAAUCACAUUUUUCUUGAAAAUAUUCUGACACUCAUAUAUGGUUCAUGAUAUGUAUAUAUAAGAUGUGCUUAAAUAUAAGCAUCCAUACGAAGACUACUUUCUCUUAUCAUCAGCUAUAUUUUUCCAUUUAAAGCAUAUUGCAGGCACAGGUUUUCACAGACUGAUAACUUUGCAGUGAAGUUUUAAAUCAAGUUUUUCACUUGCAUUUUCUCAAAGCUUAAUGUUUUGAAUAUACUAUGACAAAGUCACAGAACUUUGAUGAGUGAAAUCAUAAUUGUAAGCUCAUAACUGUACAUGUUCUCGCAAAAGAAAAAUCCAGUCUCUGCCCUAAUGGUGACAUCUGAUGAAAUGUCUUGAAUUCAAGAUUGAAGUUGUAGUACACUUUGGAAAACAACAUCUGGGAUUUUGGUACUAGUAGACAAGGAGCUACAUUUUACUUAGUUAUCCUAUCAUAUGAAAAAUCUAGGGACAAUCCCGUCCUUUCAUCGUCAAUGGUAGUUUUAACAUAUUACUUUGAAUAUUCAGAGGCCAAGGUAGCAGCAGGUUCUUAGUGCACAGUUUUGAGCCAUAUAGAGAUGAUGAUGAUACAUUUCUUCUGACAUUAGGAAAAUGAAUUCAAAUAUUCAGAAAUAUUCUAUCAGCAGAACUUUAACAUGUUUUUAAGAAAUACUUUAUUGCUGUUAUUAAAGGUUAAUAAAAUACUGUUCUUUAAUGCUAUCCUGUAGAAUAACAUAUUGACAGGUUUGAAUUUGCAUAGCAAUUUGAACAGAACUGUUGUUAAAGGUGUUCUCUGAAGAUCUGUGAACUUAUUUCAACAUAAUUAUCUGCAAGAAUAAAAACAGUGAGGAUCGUUA